AUGACUCUGUCCUUCACCCUGAGACUGGCCAGUGAUCAGAUGACCUGUGCAGGAAGCUUGUUGUGGGCAGGGCUGGAGGCCAAAGAUCAAGGAUGGCAUGUGGCAGUAAUCCAGGCAGGGCUGAAUGCUGGCCCUCAGCGAUGCCAUAGUGAUGGAGAGGAGGCAAGCACGCCCAGCCUGUAUGAACUUCAGCUCAUCACUGAUAGCCCGGCCACCACGGGGGCAGAGGUGACCAUCACAGCCAGCCUGGAGGCCAGUGACAACGGCAGCCUGGCCCUGCCCGCCAGCUCCCACUCCUACCGCUUCCACUGGAUCCACAGCCCGCUGCUGCUCACGGGGAAGACUGAUGGGGCUUUCAGCUCGACCAUCCGCGCCGUGGGAAACGUGCCCGGGGACUUCCCCGUCUCCGUGUGGGUCACCGCCGCCGACUGCUGGAUGUGCCAGCCGGUGGCCAGGAGCUUGCUUGUCCUCCCGGUCACAGAUGCCAUCGUGGGAAACCUGGUUGUCACCCAGAACACAUCCCUGCCCUGGCCCAGCUCCUAUCUCACCAAGACAGUCCUUAAAGCUUCCUUCCUCCUUCAUGACCCAAGCAACUUCUUCAAGGCUGCCUCGUUUCUCUACAGCUGGGACUUCGGAGACGGCACCCAGAUGGUGACUGAAGACUCUAUGGUCUAUUACAAUUAUUCGAUCAUUGGGACCUUCACCGCAAAGCUGAAAGUGGUGGCGGAGUGGGAACAGACAGUGCUGGACGCUGGGAAGGGCGUCGCUCAGAAGACGGGGGACUUCUCUGCCUCGCUGAAGCUGCAGGAAAUCCUUCGAGGAAUCCAAAUCUUGGGGCCCACCCAAAUUCAGACUUUCCAAAAGAUGACAGUGACCUUGAACUUCCUGGGGAGCCCCCCUCUGACCGUGUGCUGGCGCCUCAAGCCUGAGUGCCUCCCGCUGGAGGAAGGCGAGUGUCACCCGGUAUCCGUGGCCGGCACUGCUUACAACCUGACCCACAUCUUCAGGGACCCUGGGGACUACUGCUUCAGCAUCCGGGCCGAGAAUGUCAUCAGCAAGACGCAUCAGUACCACAGGGUCCAGGUGUGGCCCUCCAGCAUCCAGCCAGCUGUCUUUGCUUUCCCCUGUGCCACGCUUAUCACCAUGAUGCUGGCCUUUAUCAUGUACGUGACCCUGAGGAACGCUGCUCACCAGAAGGACAUGGUGGAGGUGGCUGAUUUUGACUUUUCCCCCAUGUCUGACAAGAACCCGGAGCCACCGACUGAGGCCAAGUGCUGCCGGAUGUGCUGCGGGCCCUUCCUGCUGGAGACUCCGUCUGAGUACCUGGAGGUUGUCCGUGAGAGCCACGGGCUCCUGCCGCCCCUCCACAAGUCGGUCAGAACUUACACAGUGUGAGCGCCCCCCACCCAGGCUCGGCUCUAACUAACCGCCAACUCGACACUGUCAGCGGGGUGGCGCGUGCCGCCC